UCAUCGUCACGUGGCCCAGAAUACAUUAUUUCGCGCAAGGGUGAAGCAAGAUGGCGGCGCCCUGUCACCGCGGCGUGAGUGCUGGAGAUGAUGCUGUAGGGACGGGGACCAGCUUUAAGAGGAAGGUCCGAGGGAAGUUCCCUGCUCUCCCGGGGACACGGCCGUCCGUUCACAAUGGGCAGCUCCUUGUCUCCACCGGGGUUCCCUCUCUGGAUCACAUCCUAGGUGGAGGUUUAGCAGUCGGGACUCUGCUUCUGAUUGAGGAAGACACAUAUGGCACCUACUCUCAUCUUCUUCUCAAGUAUUUUCUGGCUGAAGGAGUGGUUAGUGGACAUGAAGUGUUCGUUGCUUCUGCUAAUGACGACCCCACCGAAACUUUGCAGGAUCUUCCAUCUCCUCUCACUGAUGAAGUUCCAAGGCAAAAUGACCCAAAGAGGACAAAGGACACUUCUGGACCCGCAGACGAUUCACAAGAGAUGAUGAAGAUUGCUUGGCGCUACCAGAAUUUGCCAAAAGUGGAGACUCUUCCCAUAUCGUCGUCAAGAUUUGGCCACUAUUACGACUUAUCGAAGACAAUGCCACCAGAGAUGUCCGCCAAGAGUCACCGCUUCUAUUUGCCUCGUAUAAUGUCAGCCAAUCAGAAGCAAAAUCUCAGCAGCGAGGUGACCUGCAACUACAACCAGCUCCUUGAAUCCAUCCAGCGAGUGGUUCAUCAGGAGGGGUACGACGGAUCCAAUCCACAGAAGCGGCCAAAAACCAUUCUGAGGUUGGGAAUCGAGUCUCUUGGCUCCGUGCUGUGGGCCGAUGACAUCUGCAGCCAGGAACGGCCUGAAAAUCAGCACAGCCUCACGAGGUUCCUGUACGGCCUCCGAGGUCUCCUCCGGACUUCACUGUCAGUCUGUGUCAUCACCGUGCCAACAUAUCUUAUUCAGAAUAAAGCAAUUACUACGCGUCUGAGAAGCUUGUCCGAUACGGUGGUUGGCCUUGAAUCAUUUAUCGGCUCAGAGAUGGAAGCCAAUCCGUUAUACAAAGACUACCAUGGUUUGCUCCAUGUCCAUCAGAUUCCUCGACUUAACAGUUUGAUCUCGGACGGGUCAGACACCAAGGAUUUGGCUUUUAAGUUAAAGAGAAAGAUUUUCGCUAUUGAGAGACUGCAUUUGCCUCCAGACUUGUCAGACACAGUGAGUCGUUCAAGCAAACAGGAUCUGGCAGGAUCGGCCAAACUGCUGAGCUCAGGAUGUGGCCCUGCAGCCGGCGGCGAGAAGCACCUGGACUUCUAGUGAUUUCUGAUUAACAGUCGUACUGGGGAACAUUCCUGGGGCCUUCACGGGGCACGUGGGAUUCUUGUACAUAUUGUUACUAAAGAUUGUGUCCAUCAGAA